AUGACUGGCUUGUCGUGUUUUUCGCACCACCCCAUCCAGCUACCACAAGGUAUAUGUGUUAUCGAUUUCGCACGUGCACGGUUUAUGGCUGCGGCCACUUGCGCUGCUUUCAAGGAUGAUGCUGCCGCUAUCAUUAUAGGAGCGCGUCCUACGUACGAUUAUGUCGACGAUCGCGCCUCAAGCAUCUGCGAUGCAUGUAGUCAAGCUCAGAAGUCACAGGCGUCGCUCGCCCUCACAGAGACCCGUCGCGUAUCGACGCCAUCAGAACCAUCUAUCCCGAGUCAGAGUAUUCAUGAAGGUGCAGAAGCUUGGUAUUCGGGGGCGACAUUUGGUUCAAAGAGGCCUAAGGAUAUGAUACAGAGGGCAAAGAGAAGCUAG